AUGCCGACACUGAUGCUGCUGAUAAGAAGAAACUCAAUGGAACUAGGACAAGAAGUUGCUGAAGCCAAUGAAGAGCUUGAAACAGUCAAGAAGGAAAAAUUUGCAAAAGAAAAAGAGGCAAAGAAGUUGAAAGCAGAAAACGAUGAAAUUAAAGAGAAGGUGAAAAAUUUGGCGAAUGACAAAGACCAACUUUCUUCUGAAAAGAAGAAGCUUCAAGACAAAUAUGACCAACUCAAUAACUUAGUCUCUGGACACGAAGACGAGACCAACAACUUGAAUGACAGAACAACUAAAGACAAGAAGAAAAUAGCCGAUUUGGAACAACAAGUACAAGACCUUGAAGAUAGACCAGUUGGGACUUCAAAUAUCGACCAAACUGAAGUCAUCAAGAGAGACAACCAAAUUGCAGAUUUGGAAAAGGCAGUUGCUGCGUUGAAAGAUCAGAACACUCAACUUGAUGCUGUUAAGAAGGAUAUAAAAAGUGGUCAAUUGAAGACGCUUUGA